GUUGAACACGCCACGACCCUCCACACGCUCCAUUCCGUGAUCCACCACUCACCUUACCUCACCCCUCGCCUAACCUCUCGCACCUAACCCCUCAAACUUAACCCAACCCCACUCUUCUUUCUCGCACCUAACCAACCAUCCAUAGAUCCAAACCACUUCACCACUAUGUCCUCCGAACAAGACGAUCCCCUAACCACCACCACCACCGUCGACGCCACCUUCACCGAAGAUCUCGACGACGAUGACGAUUCCGAUCACAAUCCUUCCGGCGAAGAAGAAGCAGAAGAAGAUGAAGACGUUGACCUCAUCGACGAUGACGACGACAACGAUUCCACCUCCUCAAGCGCCGCCGCUGCUGUCACUAUCGCCGUCCCUGGCACCACAUCCACUCCUCCGGCAACAAUUUCCACUCCGGUAAACGUUUCUCCUUUACCUCGAUCCGACGUCGUUUUAGAUCAUCAACAGAAUAAUUUAAUUACUAAUAAAAGAGCUGUUCCGUUAGAUGAAUCUAGACGUUUGUUUCAACGGUUAUGGACUGAUGAAGAUGAAAUUGAGCUUUUACAAGGCUUCCUUGAAUAUAAUAAUCAACGUGCUGUUAAUAAUCCUUAUAGUCAUCAUCAUCAUCAUGAUACGACAGCGUUUUAUGAUCAGAUUAAAGAUAAGUUACAGCUUGAUUUUAAUAAGAAUCAGUUGGUUGAAAAGUUAAGAAGGUUGAAAAAAAAGUAUAGAAAUGUUGUUAGUAAGAUUAGUUCUGGAAAAGAGUAUGUGUUUAAAACUGCUCAUGAUCAGAUCACUUUUGAUAUAUCUAGUAAGAUUUGGAACAGCGAGGGCGGUACGAUUUUGUCGACGCCGGUUGUGUAUGCGGCCGAUGUUAGUAGGUUUGAUGAUGAUGAGACGAAUAAUGUUAGUCCGAAUGUUAACCUAAGUUUUAACUUGAAUGACCAAAACGGUAACGGUGUGAUGUAUGCAAAUAGUUUAGAUAAGAAGGUUCCGGUUGCUCCUCGGUCGCGGAAGCGGUCAAGGUCAGGUGGAGUGAAAGUUGAGGAAAAGGUUAGUCAGCCUCAGUCUGAACCGGUUGGGUUUGGAGUAGGAAGUUCGAAUGUGCCAAAUUCAGUGCCUAAUGUGGUUGAGGAAACUGUGAAGAGUUGUUUGUUGCCUUUGUUUAAGGAAUUGCUCGAUGGAUCUCGUGGCGGUUUGAGGGGAUUGGGGCUGGGUGGGAUGAACAUGGAUCCUUUAGGUUUGGGAAUUGGCGGAUUGAUGAAUUUGCCUUUUGGAGAUGUUAAUGAUGAGAAGUGGAGGAAGCAACAUAUAUUAGAAUUGGAAGUUUGUUCAAAGAGAUUGGAAUUGGUGCAGGAUCAAAUAAAGUCGCAGUUGGAAGAGCUCAAGUCGAUGAGGAGGUAAUAAGAAAUCUGAUUUGUGUAUGUAAUGCGUGAGUAAAUUCUGGAGGUUCUUGCCGGUUCGUAUCUAUUGGUAUUUAAGUUCAUAAGUUAUGGUCGUUUGAUCAAUAGUGCAUACUUUAGUAGGUGAUGUAGUCUGGUUAGAAAUUAUCUUUUUUUUCCCUUUUUCUUUUUUCUCUUUGAGGCUUGUUGUUUGAAUAAUCUUUACUAUGCGUUUAGCCUUUCUUGGCUAACAUCAUAAUGAACUUUGUGCAUAGACUAGUUGUUUAACUUAUAAACAAAUGCCUCACAUACACAUAUAAGAAUUGGAUGUACUUUCUUCUAAUUUUGACUGUGAGAAAACACAUGUACUUCUGUUAAA